AUGGCUCUUGUGCAGAAACUGUUACAUCUUACCAACUUCUCGUCACCCUUCCUCCGAACCGUGGUGCCAUCCGUAUCAGCAGCUUUCGCAAUACAAGCUGCCUUUGCCGUCCCGUCCAUAUUAGCCGAGACGGAGCGCUUCUACGACUUCUCGGGUGCGCUCACCAACAUCAGCAUCGUCGCGCUGAGCCUGUACCUGCCAGCCCUGCGGGCCAAAUAUGCCGGAGGUGCCGCUGCGGCCGGGGGCAAGGCGCUCCCGAGCCUGCUCACGCCCUUCACCAACCCGGCCGCUGCGGGCCUGAACUGGAGGCAGGUCGCCUUGACUGGAUUCGUGACGUUAUGGGCUGCUCGAUUGGGGACGUACCUCUUCCAGCGCGUUCUGCGCGAGGGCCAGGACUCGCGCUUCGAUGAGAUCAAGAAAUCUGCACCCAAGUUCUUCGGCGCCUGGAUGGCCCAGGCGACCUGGUGCUCACUGAUCUGCCUGCCGGUCAUCGCGCUCAACGCCGUCCCGAUAUCCGCGUUCGCGGCGAUCCCCGGCCUGAAGAUCACUGAUGUCCUCGGGGUUGCGCUCUGGGUUGGAGGGAUCACGCUCGAGGCUACCGCCGAUAAGCAGAAGUCACAAUGGAUGAAGGAGAAGCGCGAGAAGAAACACCAUGAGGACUUCAUGACGAGGGGCCUGUGGCAGCGGAGUCAAUAUCCUAACUACUUCGGCGAGUCGACCCUCUGGACAGGUAUUGCAACCACCGCAGCGGGUGUCCUCGCCAGCCAGUCGAUCCAGUCGGCCAUCGGUUUCAGUGGAGGUCCCGGAGGCAUCCUCGGUGCUCUGACGCUGGCCUACAUCAGCCCGAUGUUCACGACUUUCCUGGUGACGAAGGUGAGCGGCAUUCCCAUGUCGGAGUCAAAGUACGACAAGCGAUACGGCGAUCGCAAGGAUUACCAGGAGUGGAAGAAGAACACACCCAAGUUCAUCCCCAAGCUCUUCUGA